AUGACAUUACCAGCAAAGGAUGCGCCUGUGCUCAUUGUUGGCGCGGGUGUUUUCGGCCUCAGCCUCGCAUAUGAACUCACUGCGGUGAGAGGCUAUACCAACGUAACUGUCCUCGAUCGAUACAUGCCACCUGUCCCAGAUGGGAGCAGUAAUGAUCUGUCUCGUGUGGUUCGGGCCGAGUACACAGACAAGUUGUAUUCGCAACUUGCCAUCGAGGCCAUUACUGAAUGGCGUACCCCGGCAUGGCGAGAUCACUACCAUGAAAGUGGCUACGUCAUGAUGAUCCCCAACGCUGACAGCGAAUGGGUGACCAAGUAUCGUGCUCUUAGACAGCAUCAAACGGUUCGGCAGCCAAUGAACAUCUUCACGCCUGACCAGUCGGAGUCGGAGAUCAAGCGGAUGUAUCCGAGCGUCACGGCUGAUCUGACAGGCAUCAUGACGCUCCAGAACGAUCACGCCGGCUGGGCACAUGCCCAAGGCGCUAUCCGGGCCCUCGCGAAUCGAUGCACCCUAGCUGGUGUGUCCUUUGUGACCGGCCCUCGCGGAACCGUCCGUUCUUUGGAAACCUCGGGCAAACAAGUCACUGGGGUUCGCACCGCCACGGGCAGCAUCAUACAAGCCAAGACUGUUGUUCUGGCCACCGGAGCAUGGACUAAUCGUUUGGUGCCCGACAUGAGACAGAACAUCCUUGCAGUCAGUCAACCUCUUGCCUACAUUCAGCUUUCCCCCGAGGAGGCAGAGCGCCUGCGGACUAUGCCCGUUAUGGUCAACACGGCUACUGGUCUAUAUUGCUUCCCACCAGACCCGGUGAGCCACCAACUAAAAGUGGCUCGGCAUGGAUUCGGAUAUUCGAAUCAAGUCGAACUGGAGGACGGGCGCGUCAUCUCUAGUCCCAAGUUGGUAGGAAACAAUGCAGCUGUGCAGGAUUUCCUGCCAGCAGACGCAGACCGAGAUCUCCGAGCUGGAGCCUUAGCCUUCUGGCCGGAAUUUGGAAAUCGGCCCUGGGCAAAGACCAGGAUGUGCUGGUACAACGAUACACCCAAGAGUGAUUUCAUGGUCGACUACCACCCAGACACGAAGGGUCUUUUCUUUGCCACCGGAGGGUCAGGACAUGGUUUCAAGUUUUUACCCAUUAUUGGACGGCAUAUCGCGGAUGUUUUUGAGGACAAAGCAGGGCCUCUGCUGCGCGAGAAGUGGGCUGUCCGCCGCCCUACCAACGGCGACCCCGAGCCGGAAAUGGACGGAGAUGGGACCCGGCUUGGGCCCCGGUUGCGACAGCUUUCGAGAGCCGAACAAGCAAAGUUAUAG